UUGAAUUGAGUGGUGCGCUGCUAAAACCCCUUUUCUCUAGAAUUAGCAAAACCUCAGGUCACCGAUUUCUUUGUUUGCGAGAGUGAGUCUUGAAGGAAAGCCAUUACAGCACAGUGGGUGGGCAACAUGGUUUUAUCGAACAAAAAGCUGAAGCAACAGCUCAGAGCUGAGCUAGCGGAGUCUUUAGCAGCAUCGUUAGCGAAACCCGAUUCCAACAACGAUGGCUCCGCAAACCCAAACCGGGGUAAUCAUUUGCAGCCUCAGCCUCAGCCUCUAAAAGUUCUUUUGGACUCGGCUACUCAAAGAACGAGAUUGUCCAAACGCGAAAAACGCAGAAAAACCCUCUCUUUACUAGGUCCCAUGGCGGUAAACUGCGAUGGUUCUGAAGAAAAUAAGAGAGGAGGAGGAGGAGGAGGAGAAGAAGAAAUUAAGGAAAGUGGGUCAGAGGGUUUGGGUGAUAAGAAGAAGAAAAGGAAGAGAGAAAUAAAUGCAGAUGAGAAAGAUGGAAUUUUGGGGUCAGAGGAAAAUGGGGUUGAUAAAUCGAAUGAGAAGAAAAGCAAUAACAAGAAGAAGAAAAAGAAUAAAAAGAAGAAUAAGAACAAGGCCAAUGCCAAUGCCAAGGAAGAGGAAGAGAAAGAGACCGAGAACGUGAAAAUGGUCAUGGAGACGAAUAUGAUGAAUGAUAGUCAAACAAAUGGAAAUGUUACUACAAAGGUUUAUGUUGGAGGAAUUCCUUACUACUCAACUGAGGAUGACAUUCGAAGUUAUUUUGAAGGCUGUGGCACAAUAACCGAAAUCGAUUGUAUGACAUUUCCAGAGAGCGGAAAAUUUAGAGGAAUCGCCAUUAUCAGCUUUAAGACUGAAGCUGCAUCUAAACGUGCCUUGGCUCUUGAUGGAGCUGACAUGGGUGGACUCUUUUUGACUAUCCAGCCAUACAAAACAAAUCGAACCAACAAAUCAUCCAAUUUUCCUCCACAAUUUGUAGAGGGUUACAAUAGAAUCUAUGUUGGUAAUUUGUCAUGGGACAUCACUGAGGACAAACUAAGGAAUUUUUUCUCAGACUGCAAAAUAUCAUCUGUACGAUUUGGUGUGGACAAGGAAACAGGUGAAUUCCGAGGUUAUGCUCAUGUGGAUUUCGUUGACAAUCUUUCUUUGGCAUUGGCAUUGAAGUUGGAUCAGAAGCAUGUUUGUGGAAGACCUGUGAAAAUAAGUUGUGCAGUCCCCUUGAAGAAAGCAGCAGGGACGGAGUACUCAAGACCUGUUCCUACAACUACAGAGACUACUAAUUCAAGAACUGUUUCGAUAGCUGCAGAAACUACUGGUUCAAGAACUGUUCUGAAAACCACAGAAACUACAGAAUCAAAUACUGGAGUGCCCACUGUUAGUACGGGUAAGAUGAAGAGAAGGACAUGUUAUGAAUGUGGUGAGAAGGGCCAUAUUUCUUCCGACUGUCCAAAGAAGCAAGCAGCCGAUUCAACGAAAGCCACCACAGAUUAAACCUGUAUGCCAUCUUUCUAUGUUUUCUUGUUAAACAUAUGUAGGUGGAACUCUUUUCAUGUAGACAUGUAACAUUGUUUUCGAAGUCAGUAUCGUGGCUUAGUUUUUAUUUGACUUGGAGAAAAAAUUUUGUAGCUCUGUAAGUCAGCACAUUUUCCCCCCUCUUUAUGAAAGUUAUAUCUUGUUGAAGAAGAAAAAACUGUUAUCUCCGACUUAUAAUUAUGC